CCCCCGCCCAUAGCUCGUGGAGGGAGCGCUGAAGGCGGCCAUGCCAGCUGGGUGAGGUCAGUUCCGGGGCGGAGCAGCCCGAGUGGUGCAGUCAGGGCCAAACAAAAGGAGCCCGAGCAAAGGGGACGAAGUGGGUCAGGCGCUGCCAGGGAAGCUGCUCCCAUGGCGCUUGGGGAAUGCAGUGUUUCUGUGCUCUGUCAGGAUUCGGCACAUACAGACAUCAUCCUCUUCCAGCACAGAGAAUUGAAGUGCAGAUAGCAGAAUCCAGCCACAGGCAGGAAGAGCUGUACUCUUAAGAGGAAUAAGUCCUCUCCCUGCAUCUUCCUCUGAUUCUGCCUGGGUCUGAACCAAUCUUGUAUCCCUGUUUUUCUUCUUGGACUCAUGCCCAGGACAUCCCAGCUCUUGUGCUCCAUCAUAAAUGCCUUGCUGUGUGUCUCUGGAUAAGAGAUGGCAAUGGCAUUUGGUGACACUUUUGUCUGCCUUGAUCACUGUGGUAUGGCAACCAGUUGUGAAAAUCCAUCUUUGCUGUAACUCCUGUCAUAGUACCCUGUGUAAAACUACCCAUACAGCUCUGUGAAUCUGCUACACAUCAUGGCUGAUGCACUUCUUUUCCAGCCUACUCCAGCAGGAAUCCUAAAGCAGAAAGUGAACCAUGAUUCCUGUCACUGAACUGCGCUAUUUUGCUGAUACCCAGCCAGCAUACCGCAUCCUGAAACCAUGGUGGGAUGUCUUCACGGACUACAUUUCCAUAGUCAUGCUGAUGAUUGCAGUAUUUGGAGGGACGCUUCAGGUCACCCAGGACAAAAUGAUCUGCUUGCCGUGCAAAUGGGUUACCAAAGACUCCUGCAAUGACUCUUUCAGAGGUUGGACAGCUGCAAUUCCAGACCCCACUUACUAUAACUCUAGUCUUGUCCCAUCUCAGGAUACUAGGCCUACAGGGAUCCGAUAUGACCUAGACCGGCACCAGUAUAACUAUGUGGAUGCAGUGUGCUAUGAGAAUCGCCUUCACUGGUUUGCCAAGUAUUUCCCUUACCUGGUGCUGCUACACACUCUGAUCUUUUUGGCUUGCAGCAAUUUCUGGUUCAAGUUCCCACGGACCAGCUCCAAGCUGGAGCAUUUUGUGUCUAUUCUGCUGAAGUGUUUUGACUCCCCCUGGACGACAAGAGCACUGUCUGAGACAGUGGUGGAGGAGAGUGAUCCCAAGCCUGCCUUUGGGAAGAUGAAUGGCUCCAUGGACAAGAAAUCUUCCACGGUCAGUGAGGAUGUGGAAGCCACUGUCCCAAUGCUACAGAGAACAAAGUCGCGGAUCGAGCAAGGGAUUGUCGAUCGCUCUGAGACAGGCGUCCUGGACAAGAAAGAAGGGGAACAGGCCAAAGCACUUUUUGAGAAAGUUAAAAAGUUCCGCACACACGUGGAGGAGGGAGACAUAGUCUAUCGCCUCUACAUGAGACAAACCAUCAUCAAGGUGAUCAAGUUCAUCCUGAUCAUCUGCUACACUGUCUACUAUGUCAACAACAUCACGUUUGACAUUGACUGCAAGGUGGACAUCGAGAGCCUGACAGGUUAUCGCAUGUACCGCUGUGCUCACCCUCUUGCCACUCUCUUCAAAAUCCUAGCCUCUUUCUACAUUAGCUUGGUGAUCUUUUAUGGACUGAUCUGCAUGUACACACUCUGGUGGAUGCUGAGGCGAUCCCUCAAGAAAUAUUCCUUUGAGUCUAUCCGGGAGGAGAGCAGCUAUAGUGACAUCCCUGAUGUCAAGAAUGACUUUGCUUUCAUGCUGCACCUGAUCGACCAGUACGACCCCCUCUACUCCAAGCGAUUCGCUGUCUUUCUGUCUGAGGUGAGUGAGAACAAGCUGCGGCAGCUGAACCUCAACAAUGAGUGGACUUUGGAGAAGCUGCGCCAGAGGAUCACAAAGAACUCCCAGGACAAGCUGGAGCUGCAUCUCUUCAUGCUGAGUGGCAUCCCUGACACAGUUUUUGACCUUAUCGAGUUGGAGGUGCUGAAGCUGGAGCUCAUCCCUGAUGUUACUAUCCCACCAAGCAUUGGCCAGCUCACCAGCCUUAAAGAGCUGUGGCUCUACCACACGGCUGCCAAAAUUGAGGCCCCAGCCCUUGCCUUCUUGAGGGAGAACCUGAAAUCUUUGCACAUUAAGUUCACAGACAUCAAGGAAAUCCCUCUGUGGAUUUAUAGCCUAAAGACCUUGGAGGAGCUACACUUGACAGGGAACCUGAGUGCAGAGAACAACCGUUACAUUGUGAUUGACGGACUGAGGGAAUUGAAGCAGCUCAAGGUACUUCGGCUGAAGAGCAACCUCACCAAGCUGCCACAGGUGGUGACAGAUGUUGGUGUGCACCUCCAGAAGCUCUCCAUCAACAACGAGGGUACCAAGCUCAUUGUUCUCAACAGCCUUAAGAAGAUGGUCAAUUUGACAGAGCUGGAGCUGAUCCGCUGCGACCUGGAACGCAUCCCGCACUCUAUCUUCAGUCUCCACAACCUCCAAGAGAUUGACCUGAAGGACAACAACCUCAAGACCAUUGAGGAGAUCAUCAGCUUCCAGCACCUACACCGUCUCACUUGCCUUAAGCUGUGGUACAACCAUAUUGCCUACAUCCCCAUGCAGAUCGGCAACCUCACCAACUUGGAACGCCUUUACCUUAACCGCAACAAGAUAGAGAAGAUACCCACCCAGCUUUUCUAUUGCCGGAAGCUGCGGUACUUGGAUCUCAGCCACAAUAACUUGACUUCCAUACCAGCAGAAAUUGGGCUACUGCAGAACCUGCAGAACCUAGCUGUGACAGCCAACAGGAUUGAGAGUCUCCCACCUGAGCUGUUCCAGUGCAGGAAGCUGCGGACCUUGAACCUGGGAAACAAUGUGCUGCAAUCACUGCCAUCUCGGGUGGGCGAGCUGACCAACCUGUCCCAGAUAGAGCUCCGGGGAAACCGCCUGGAGUGCCUGCCAGUGGAACUGGGGGAGUGUCCUCUGCUGAAACGCAGUGGGCUGGUGGUGGAGGAGGACCUGUUCAACACCCUGCCUCUGGAGGUCAAGGAGCGGCUGUGGAGGGCGGACAAAGAGCAAGCCUGAGCUGCUGACAGGAA